AUGAGCACCUCCCACUCCCCCUCCCCAGAACUUGAAGUUCCACUCCGAAAAAGCAAGAAGUCAAAAAACCAGGAUGGGAAGUCCAAGUCAAAGAAACAAGUGACGUCUAAAGAGAUCAUCGAAGAGGACUCGAGCAGCGAGUCUGAGUUGAGCUACCAGCCUCCGGCGGGAUCUGUGCUCCUGAAGCAUGACAUUGAUGCUGGGGAGUUUGAUUGGGAUUCUAUUAACGACAAUGAGAACCUCGAGCUAUGGGUCAUUCGGGUGCCCGAUGCUCUCAAGCCUAAAUACCUGCAAGACGUCAAAAUAGGUACACCAGCGUCGCAUUCAACAAGCAAACUGGGUACAAUCGAACACAAGCAUACCUCGUAUGACAUAUGGUCUCUGGGUGAAGAUCAGGAAGACAGUAUAGGCGGUGCUGAGGUGAAGGGAUUAUCCUGUCUACUCCCCAGAAAGUCAAAGGGCGGCAGUCUCUUCCAAGCGCCGAAGUCGAUAGCACGCCAUAUUGUUGUCACCACAAAAGCUGAGCUGCCUACUCCUGAUCCAUCCUCUGGGUCGGAUGCUGCAUCACCUGUCUACAAGAAUCCUCCUCGAUAUCGCUACCCGCCCGAGGUGUUGAAGCAUAGAUUUAUGCCCAUGGGUUCCCUUGUGCGCACCAUUGGUACGCCCGAAUCGAUGGACAUCGACCAGGUCGAGGACAUGCUAGAUACCAAGCAGGACAAGGUAUCUCCUGUCGCGAACGCGCAACCCGAGGUGGCAGAAGUAGUGAAGAAAAAGCGUAAGGGUGACGAGGAACGUGCCAAAAAGUCGAAAAAGACAAAGACGUAGUUCAUUGGUGCCAGCGAGGUACGGAAGUUCCAGAAACGACAGCAAGGAAUAAUAUGAAUAAAUGUGGGAGCGUGAGGCAGAUAUGAAAUUCUCGAUCAUCCAAUUUCCAUCAAAUCAUCCCCGGUAGCCUUCUGUUUCCCUUUACUCGUAUUCGAGCUACUACUAGUCCGUGCGUCGGGAAAAUCUGACGAUAUUGAGUUC